AUGCAGAAUGCACGGAGGACGACCGGGGAAUAUUGCCGGAGCACGUACGCAUUGAAAUCCAUCACAAUGGGUCUAACAGGCGGUGGUUUCAUCAUUGAAUUGGAUGCACCGGAUGAUCCAACUAGCUUCACUUUCAAAAGCAGCGAUGCAGAACGCAUUCAUCAUGACAUCCUCCCUCAUAUACAGUCUCCUCCUCCUGGUGCCAAUGUUUCUCCUCCUCCCGGUGCCGAUGUUUCUCCUCCUCCCGGUGCCAAUGUUUCUCCUCCUCCCGGUGCCGAUGUUUCUCCUCCUCCCGGUGCCGAUGUUUCUCCUCCUCCCGGUGCCGAUGUUUCUCCUCCUCCCGGUGCCGAUGUUUCUCCUCCUCCCGGUGCCGAUGUUUCUCCUCCUCCCGGUGCCGAUGUUUCUCCUCCUCCCGGUGCCGAUGUUUCUCCUCCUCCCGGUGCCGAUGUUUCUCCUCCUCCCGGUGCCGAUGUUUCUCCUCCUCCCGGUGCCGAUGUUUCUCCUCCUCCCGGUGCCGAUGUUUCUCCUCCUCCCGGUGCCGAUGUUUCUCCUCCUCCCGGUGCCGAUGUUUCUCCUCCUCCCGGUGCCGAUGUUUCUCCUCCUCCCGGUGCCGAUGUUUCUCCUCCUCCCGGUGCCGAUGUUUCUCCUCCUCCCGGUGCCGAUGUUUCUCCUCCUCCCGGUGCCGAUGUUUCUCCUCCUCCCGGUGCCGAUGUUUCUCCUCCUCCCGGUGCCGAUGUUUCUCCUCCUCCCGGUGCCGAUGUUUCUCCUCCUCCCGGUGCCGAUUGGGGACGGGAGGAGUAUGGAGCCACAGCAGCCGCUACAGUCCCAGCAGCCCUAGCAGCCAGAACCGUCACUGCAGGUCCAGCAGCCACCUCCCCCACUGCACGUCCAGCAGCCACCUCCCCCACUGCAGCCACAGCAACUCCAGCAACCGUAGCACCCCGAGAAGCUCCAGUAACCCCAGCAUCCACAAUAGCUCCAGCCGCCACAGCAGCCACUGCAGCCCUACCAGCCUCAACAGCCACAGCAGCACCAACAGUCACAACAGUCACAGCAACUUCAACAGCGAUAACAGUCACGGCUGCCACUACAGGCCCAGCAGCAACAGCAGUAACAACAGCCACCGGAGCCCAAGCAGUAGCGGAAGCAGGAGUCACAGAAACACCAGAAACCCCAGCUGCCACUGCAGGCACGGUAGGCACAGUGGGCAGAUCAGACAAAUCCGCUAAAAGAGCCACAGCGAUCAGGCUACUUGCAGCAGCCAAAAAACUAAAGUUAGAAUGGAAAGAGAGCUCGAAAGUGGGGGGGACGAGCGCAGCGGGUCUGGGAAAGGGAGGUUCGAAAGCGGGGGGGACGAGCGGAGCAGGUCUGGGAAAGGGAGGUUCGAAAGCGGGGGGGACGAGCGGAGCAGGUCUGGGAAAGGGAGGUUCGAAAGUGGGGGGGACGAGCGGAGCAGGUCUGGGAAAGGGAGGUUCGAAAGCGGGGGGGACGAGCGGAGCAGGUCUGGGUCUGGGAAAGGGAGGUUCGAAAGCGGGGGGGGCGAGCGGAGCGGAUCCGGGGAGGGGAGGUUCGGAAGAGGGGGGGACGAGCGGACCGACUCUGGGAAGGGGAGGUUCGAAAGAGGGGGGGACGAGCGGACCGACUCUGGGAAGGGGAGGUUCGAAAGAGGGGGGGGCGAGCGGACCGACUCUGGGAAGGGGAGGUUCGAAAGAGGGGGGGACGAGCGGACCGACUCUGGGAAGGGGAGGUUCGAAAGAGGGGGGGACGAGCGGACCGACUCUGGGAAGGGGAGGUUCGAAAGAGGGGGGGACGAGCGGACCGACUCUGGGAAGGGGAGGUUUGAAAGAGGGGGGGACGAGCGGACCGACUCUGGGAAGGGGAGGUUCGAAAGAGGGGGGGACGAGCGGACCGACUCUGGGAAGGGGAGGUUCGAAAGAGGGGGGGACGAGCGGACCGACUCUGGGAAGGGGAGGUUCGAAAGAGGGGGGGACGAGCGGACCGACUCUGGGAAGGGGAGGUUCGAAAGAGGGGGGGACGAGCGGACCGACUCUGGGAAGGGGAGGUUCGAAAGAGGGGGGGACGAGCGGACCGACUCUGGGAAGGGGAGGUUCGAAAGAGGGGGGGACGAGCGGACCGAUUCUGGGAAGGGGAGGUUCGAAAGAGGGGGGGACGAGCGGACCGACUCUUGGAAGGGGAGGUUCGAAAGAGGGGGGGACGAGCGGACCGACUCUUGGAAGGGGAGGUUCGAAAGAGGGGGGGACGAGCGGAGCAGGUCCAGGGAGGGGAGAUCCGAGGGGGGGGCGGGCGAGCAGAGCAGGUCGUUCCAAACCUCGUGCGUUCGGCGGAACUUCCAAGCGUUUUUAG